AUGAAAGAAACGACGGAAGGUCUGAAGUGUGCGGCCGAGGUCAUUGGCGAUUUUGCCAAAGAGGUGGUGGUUGAGAUGCAGAGCAUGGCACCGGUCGAGGUGAAAGUGCCGUCUAUUUCAAAGACUUAA